AUGCCCGUCGAACUCACCCCGUCUUUCCUCCGCCUCCUCGCCCCGUGUGUGCACUACGCCUACGCACGGCUCCACCUCGCCGGCUCCACAGCGCUCUCGUACGUGCUCACCCCCUUCCGGAUCGCGACGACCAUGUCCCUGCGCGCCGCAUCAUCUGCACGGAGCCUCGUCGUCGUCUCCUCGCGCCUUGCGUUCUGGUCGAGUGUCGCCGCGGUCGCGUACGCGCUCUCAAUCAUUCUGCGCCGCGCGGGCUUUGCACUUGGUGACUCUGAGGACGCCCGCCCCUCAAAUACUUCCACUUCUACUUCGGCUCUCCGGCCGAGAACGCGCCCGUCAUUUGACCUCCAACCUUCAUCUCUUCGCCGUUUGUAUUGCCUAGCUACUUCUGCCGGCACCGGAAGACAGCCUCUCCUUCCUGGCCAGUCGAUCGUCUCUGCGGAGCUAGCCACACCGCGACGGACGUACCCGCGCGAAGCGCUCCUCUCGAGCUACCGCUACGCGUACUACUACGUCCACCCGCUGCUCUCCGCCGCGCUCGUCCGCCUCGGCGCGGGACAGGUCGCGGUCAUCGCCGCGCACUCUUCCUCCUCCGCUCCCUCCCCCUCCUCCGCUGCGUCCGUGCACGACGUGCCAGUCGCCCUCCCCCCGAAGCUCGCGAUGUCCCCUUCCGCGUCGUCCUCCGCCCCCGCCCCCGAGCCCGCCCCCACCCCAGCACCCGCAGAGGACCCCGAGAGCGAUAGCGAGAGCGAGGACUCGGAGCGCCCCGAGACCCCCGCGUCCCCGUUCAAGACCGACCUCCCGCUCGCCCCCGCCUCCGACGACGCCGAGGACGCGGACGUGACGCUCUGCGAGCCCGACCACGAGCACGCCAAGCACGCCGAGGACGCGCCCUCCUCCGACUCGGACGCCGACAGCCUCUCCCUCCCGCUCGUCCCGCUCGUCCUCCCCAAGGUGCAGCUCGUCAAGAUGGUCGACACCUCCUCCCCCACGCACCCCUCCCCCGCGAUCUCCCUCCCGCCCGUGCCCAUCCUCCCCUCGCCCACCGCGCCCACCACGCCGUUCCCCGGCGAUGCCGACACCGACGCCGCCGACGCGCCGAAGCUCGCGCGCUCCAAGACGAGCAGCGGCCGGUGGCGCCGGCUCUCGCUGCCCCUCGCGCGCACACCGACGCCGGCGACGGCAACCGCGCACGCGCGCGCCGCGACGGACUCGGCCCCGGACCUGCUCGCGCCGGUCGCGGGCGCUGAGGCGGAGGUGGGGAAGGAGCGGGAGGGCGGCGCGUCGCGCCGGGGCACGAUCCGCCGCCUGCUGAGCCGCACGGGCGGCCGGAAGGCGAGCGGGGAGGCCCUGCGCGCGUCGGAGAAGCCCGUUCCCGCGCCUGCUCCCGCGCCCGCGUCGGUGGAGAAGGUGGCGAAGGAGGAGAAGGAGAGCAAGUCCCUCCGGAAGCGGUUCUCGCUGCGGCGGCUGGGGCUCGGCCUCCCGCGCAACGCGUGA